CUGACCCCCACUACGGUCACACCAAAAACUAUUACAAGAUAAUUAUCCUUGUAAAUCGCCGGGAUUUCACAACAACUUCCGGGGUAAACAAAAUGCCAGCAGUACGUGGCCACCACCGCAGCGAAGAUUACGUGGAUGAGCAACUGCAGGAGGAGAAAGUGAAGUGAACCCCGGCGAACUCCAAGUAACUCCGUCCAAACAACGAAAAUCACAGCAAAAGUAGAGCACGAGCACGAGCAGCCAGAAAUCGAUGCCCCACUGCCACAAUAUGGUCUAUAUGCGAAUUGUGCUGACAACCUUGGUGACCAUUACGUGUCUGCUGGGCGACAACUUUGUGGAACUGACCCAGCAUCCGUUGCUGAAGGCCUUGGCGGACAAUGCCACCCAUGCGGCCAUUGGAGCCCUCACGGGAAUCGCCUUCGCCAUGCAGUUCUACGAGCGAACUUCCCAGCUCCUCGGCUGGAUAUUGAUUUUCACCUGCUUCGUUGUGUCAUCACUGAUUGACUUGGAUCACUUUGUGGAGGCGCGUUCCUUGUAUCUGGAGGAUGCCACCAAUCUCUCCAAGCGGCCCUUCCUCCACUGCUCCAGUAUUAUAGUGGUCAUGCUGAUGUUCUACAUCUGCACCGCCUGUUUGAACUACUUCAGGACCAGCCUGAUGCUGGGCUCCCUGCUCUGUGCCUUCAUCACCCAUCACACAAGGGAUGCCGUGCGGCGGGGCUACUGGCUCUGCCCACUGGGACACACGGAGAGGAUGCCCCAAGUGGCCUAUAUAGUGACCACCAUCCUCACACCUCAUCUGCUGGGCUGCCUGCACAACAUAUGCCGCAGUGCCAGCGUACUCAACUUCCUGGGCCAAUACAUUAAGCUGAGCGAGGGCCAGUAUCGCAGCAGUAGUUCCACUGCCAACUAUCGCUAUAUGCAGGUCUAGAGCUGUAUCGUCAGCAAAAAAACACUUUGUGAUAAGACAUUGCAAAACAUCAUCAAAUGGUAAAUGCAAAAUGCUUUUCAAGCUUCAAGCGCUUUAGAAAUUAGUAAGGGAGAUCAGCUAGAAACCAAAAAACUUCCACACUACAGGACACAAUUUUACACGUACCUUUUUCUAAAUUGGGAACUAUGCCUUCCCCAUCAAUUGGUUAUUUCCUUGUUAAGUAGGGUAGGUUUUUACUAGCAACUAAAUAUAGUACAGAUAAUAUCCGUAUAUGUGAUAUGUAGUUAUUAGACAAAAGACUAGAGUAACAAGCAAAGCGCACAAUGAUAUAUAUGUAAUCGAUUUUCAACUUCUACUUUGACUCUUCUACUUGUAGGCCAUACGAAUUUUAAGCUUGUCGAACAAUAAACUCAAUGUAAUUGCCUUAAAA